AUGUCUUCUCCAAAACCCAACCAAGCAGCAGUCCUGCCAACCGCAAAAGCCAAAGUAGUUCUCCAAACACGACCGAUUCCCACCCCCGGACCCGAUGAAAUCCUAGUCCGUAACCACGUAAUCGCCGCCAACCCCGUCGAUUGGAAAAUCCAAGACUACGAUUUCUUCGUAGAUAAGUAUCCUAAUAUCCUCGGCAGCGACGUCUGCGGUUUGGUAGUCGAACUCGGAGAUCAAGUCUCGCACUUUAAGAAGGGAGACCGAGUUACCGGGUUCGCAGGAGUAAUCUAUAAUUCUGAUAUCGAUUAUAGUGCUUAG